CACACGAAUUGUGUGCAUAUUCACGGAGCCCAGUUCCGUGAUGUAAGUGUUGCUGCAUUUUGUUGUGGGACAAGUCCCCGACCUCGGAAGCAUUCGUUUUCCCUGUCUUGUAACUGAGUUUCGUAUAGCAUUCGGUUUCCAGCUCUUGUGUAAGGGAAUGUCGACUUAGGUGUUGCUAUCUUUUGCUCCAUUUCAUCGUUGAGAAUCUUUUGGAGGUGUUGGAUCGGAUGAAUUGCAGGAUUAUUUCGGAAUAGAAUAUGGCAGGGUCAGUGCAAGACUGGGUGAAGAGCUCUGUUCUUCCGAAUGGCCUCGCCGUCAUCACCUUGGACCGUCCCAAAGCCCUUAAUGCCAUGAAUUCGGACAUGACGGCAUUGUACAAGAAAUACCUCGAUGAGUGGGAGAACGACAGCAAGGUGCAGGUGGUGCUGGUUGAAAGCUCCUCCCCGCGUGCCUUUUCCGCAGGUGGAGAUGUCAAAACGAUGAUGUCUCAACCGAGACAUAGUGCUCUAGCAUUGGCUUGCCAGGUAUUUGAAAAUGAAUACAAACUAAUCUGCGCCAUUGCACGGUACAAAAAGCCAUAUAUCUCCUUGAUGAACGGCGUUACUAUGGGGUUUGGGAUUGGCCUCUCUGGUCAUGGUCGAUUCCGCGUGAUAACCGAGAAAACAGUGCUCGCAAUGCCGGAGAAUGGAAUAGGCCUUUUUCCUGAUGUCGGAUUUGCACAUAUUGCUGCAAGGGGUCCAGGAAAUGGAUCAUUAGGUGCAUAUAUGGCUAUGACAGGGGCGAGAAUCUCCAAUCCAGCGGAUGCGCUGUAUGUUGGUCUGGGUACGCAUUACGUACCUACCGACAAAUUGUCAUCUUUACAAGAAGCUCUCCGCAGUCAUUCCUUGUCUGAUAAUGCAUGGGAAGCAGUGGAAGAGGUCUUGUCACAUCAUCAAGAAACUCCAGAUACAGAUCCUCCGCUCAAGACUCUUCUGCCUGCCAUAACUGCAUGUUUCGGAGCUCACCCCUCAGUGGCAGACACUAUCAAGGCCCUGAAAGAAAAAGAACUUUCUGAUGAUUCCUCAGUGGCAGAAUGGGCUAAAGGAGCAUUGGCUGGGAUUUCCAAGGGUGCUCCGUUCAGCCUUAGUGUGACUAAGCACCACUACGCAGCUGUAGCUGCUGCAGCGAAUUCGCCUGAAAACGAACUUUCUGAGAUCGAAGGGGUUAUGAAAACUGAAUACAGACUAGGCGUGCGAACGUCAACAAGGCCGGACUUUGUUGAAGGUGUCAGGGCAGUGCUAGUUGAUAAAGAUCAAAAACCCAACUGGCUGCCACCAACUGUUGAAGAUGUGGCGCCUGCCGACGUUGAGGUGUUAUUUGAGGUGUUCGAGAAUCCCAGGGAUGAGUUGAACAUUCCAUUUCCAAUUGUCUGAAUCAGGGAAUGGGAAGAAACCUGUGUAGAACCAGCGAAGAUCCUUCGAUUUGUAUAAUCAACCGGCAGCUCGUUGUUUUGACUUGGUUUUUACCUUAUAUUUUAUUGCAUUUUGAUUUUUUAAAACUCUGAUUUACAUUGUUACUUUAAAAUUCUAAAUAUGAAUUGGUGAUUUACAGUUGUCAUA